AUUUGUCGAAAAUUACACAGGUCAACCAAACGCUCCUCGAGAUCAGCGCUUCUCUGAUCCAUAUAGUAGAGACCGCGUCUCCGUCUCCGAUUCCCAGAAAACCCGGUGGAGGCCAUCGUGACCGUUGAUGGGCUUGAUCAUCUUCUCAUCUCUCCGAUGGCCGGCGGCGUGAGCAGUGGUCUGGUCACCGCUUUCCGAUACCCAGGUAACCUUGCGGGCCGAUCGAAGCCUAUCCGCAGCCUUCUUCUUCUCCACCUCACCCUCCUCCACUCUCUUUCGUAACAUUUGGUGCCUCUUACCAUGGCAUCGGUCUUCGUGCACCACGUGAUCGGCGAUCUGACGGUGGGGAAGCCGGAGAUCAAGGAGUUUGCUGAUACCGAGACGGUGGAGGCCGCUGUGAAGGCUAUUGGGGAGUGUGCUGAAGGAGCGAUCACCGUUUGGAAGGCCAAGGAUGGGAUCGGGUCGAGGGCAUCAAGAUUCGUGGGGAUUCUCCAUUCGAUGGAUCUUGUGGUUUUUCUUGCUAAGGCGGGUGAGGAGCACGAGCGAGCAAUGCGGACGCCCGUGGCGGAGGUCGUCACACCCAAUCCGAUGCUGUUGAAGGAGGUCGAUCCUGGGACCAGGCUGAUAGAUGCUCUUGAGUUGAUGAAACAGGGAGUGAGGCGCCUCCUUGUGCGCAAGAGUAUGGCAUGGAAAGGUGUAAGCAAGCGGUUUUCCAUCCUCUACAACGGCAAGUGGCUGAAGACCCUCAACACCUCAACUGCAACAGCCACUGGCAACAGCAGCCAGCCUUCCUCAUCUUCCUAUGAUGACAAAUACUGCUGCCUUUCCCGCGAGGAUGUGGUCCGCUUUCUUAUCGGCUGUCUCGGUGCUCUUGCACCCAUCCCUCUGUCAUCCAUCUCAUCCCUUGGAGCCAUAACCCCUCAUUAUUUCCAUAUUGAGGCCUCCUCCCCAGCAAUUGAAGUGGUGCACAAGCUUCCUCAGGAUCCAUGUGCUAUUGUAGUUGUUGAGACGAACCCAGAUGGGUCACACAAGAUCAUCGGAGAAAUAUCUGCAUAUAAACUAUGGAAAUGUGACUAUUUAGCUGCAGCAUGGGCCUUGGCAAAUCUAUCAGCAGGCCAAUUUGUUAUGGGUGCGGAGGACAACAUAACAAAUUCAGAUUCCCUUGUACCUAGCUUUUCCAUUCCUUCUUCUCCCGUUGAGGACACAAUUAUCGGGGCCUCGUCAAGGCCUAAAAAGUUUAGCAGCCGAAGCAUUGGCUUCUUCAGCAGUCAAGCAAACCAGAUGGCUGUUGGAGGGCUGCGCAGCAUGUAUAGAGGAAGAAGUGCUCCCUUGACAUGCAAGCAUACGAGCUCUCUAGCGGCCGUCAUGGCGCAAAUGCUUUCACACAGGGCCACCCAUGUGUGGGUGACAGAUGCUGAAGUAGAGGAUAUCUUGAUCGGCAUCAUCGGUUACAGUGACAUACUCCAUGCAGUGACAAGGCAUCCCAGCAGCCUUGUUCCCCCAACACCAUAGUUUCUGUUAAGGGCUUUUAUGUGUGCCUGUGUGUUGAAAUUUGAAUUGUUGCCUUGGUAAUGGUAUGUCUUUGGUAUUUGAUUCGGUUUCAUUGUUAAGUGUGGAUGAUCCUUGCCAAUAAAGUGGUUAUUUUUUUAA